AUGCAGCAACCACAGCCUAUGGCGCCACCGCCAGAGUACACGCGACGAGACCCAGCAUCAACAACACCUACUCUGCUGGGCUCCUCUCGAGCUCCUUCGUCUCAAGCCAAUACACGCAAUGUCCUACCACAAGCCCAGACUCAACCGCGGUCGCAAUCGACGACACUGCAGGAGCACUACGCGCCCAAUCCUCCCGCAUCCGCAACCGACAAUCCAGACUAUGCUCGUCCGCCCUCCCCAACACCAAGCACACAAACAACCGCUUCUACCAUCCUCCCCACCUAUGCCGAAACAGGGAGCUACAAAGGCUUCCCAAGCGAGGCGGCAUACAUAGCCGCUCUGACUGAAUGGGCAGAGCACAANAAAUACGUGCAACCCAGCGAGGAAGCCCAAACCCUGUCUGGCUUUUUUGGGUACAAGACCAUGGAUGAGUACACUGGAGGACCAAAGGCACCAAGAGCUGCAAGGAGGAAGUCAAGUCAGGGUCAAGGCGAACGAGGAGGUUUUGUGGGCUUCUUGAAAAAGAUGGCCAAGAAGGAUGAAGGAGGCGGGCAUGGGGAUUAA